CAGCUUUCGGUUUUUUAUAUCAUUACGAACUUCGGUAAUAUGCAUUAUGAUGCGUUUUGUUUAGCUUAUAGGCGUAACUGAGUGUCUCUUUAUAUUCUGUAUAAAAUGCGGCGAAACGGGAGCUACUAAAAAAAAUUAUUCAUGUUAGUGGCGUCCACUGAAGUUGCAACAAACAUCGAGUAUCGAUGCAGACGAGGGUGGGAUUUGUGUUGUUUCAAAAGUUGAGGUUAUAAGUAUUUUCGGAAUUGUUCGAAGAAAGUAUUGAAAAAGCAAUGUCGCUGUGCUAUUUAGGGCCAACAGCGUGGCGUACAUUUCCCACUUACGUUUUUUGUGUUUCUAAAAGACAUUAUUGUGCAUCGAAGUUGAAACCACUGCUAUGUACCCCAUCCUGGUGUAAACAAGGAGUACCGGCGUUUACGUCGGCCGCUAAAAGUGAAAUAAUUGUGAAACUCUGUAGUCCGAAAAGCGUUUGGUGUGCACAAAAACGAUCAUUACAUUUAAGCUCCAAUCUAAGCGCGAAACGCCCAUAUGAAGUGAACACUGAUAUUCAGAAGGAUGUGAUAUUAUUUAGACACCUAAACCCCAGGUGGUAUACGGUUCUUAAUUUAUUUGCAGUCUGUCAGUUUUGUUUCUGGAUGUAUUCUGCUCAUUUAGGAUAUACACUACUGAAAGAUGCGCCGGUGAAAGCGGAUGUGAAUGAAGAUCUCCCCUUCUGGAGGAGGGUUAAUUUAGGAGAGAAGAAAUAUAGACUUGGAUUUACUCUACUUUCUAUAUUCGUAGGUUUAACUUUGAUGACAACCACUUGCUUGUAUACAGCAAAAUCAGUUAAGUAUCUUAUAUUACGGAAAGGGGGAAGGAGCAUAACAAUUGUUACACAUGGACCAUUUGGAAGGAAUAUUUCACGUACAGUGGAUCUUGCAAAUGUCAGUUGUCCAGCUAGCCGCGGGAGUGCUAAAGGGCAGCUGCCAAUCAAAGUGAAAGGAAACUAUAUUCAUUAUGUAUUAGACAUGAGAGGAGAAUUUACCAACCCUCAGCUUUUUGAUUACACUGCAGGCUUGAAAAGAAAUUUGUAAGCUAUGUAUUUACUUGAGGCAAGGUUUUUCAAAUGCAAAUUUUUGCAGCAACUGUCAAUUUUAUGACCAGUUUAUGCUCAUUCCUCAACAUCACUUGUUUUCUUUGUGUAUGUGCUCUUCAGUGUAUUUUUGCAACUAAGUUAAUGAUUUUUCACCCACCAAGAACGAGGAAGGAAAUCAGCUGUGUCCUUUUCAAAAGAACCAUCCAUCAGCUUGUCUUAACUGAUCAAGGUAAGCCUUGAAAACUUAAAUGUAGAUAGGGAUUUGAACCUCCACUUGUCCUGAAUGUGACACCGUGAGUGUAAUACAAGAGAAAGCAAAGUAUAUUUUGCUGUAUCAUAUUAAACUAUAAAAUAUUUCAUUAGUUACUAAUAGUUUUUGAUGUUAUUACUAUUUUCUGAUGUUAAUGUGCUGCAUCAAUGAUUGUCAGUGGGAUAAAUGAUCAUUUGGGUAAAAAUGCA